AACAGUUGUUGUCCACAGAUCUUCUUGCGGCACGAGCUAGAGGAGGGAACAGCGGAACACUCCCACUCCCGCACACACACACACUCUCACACACACUCCGCCGCGUAGCCAGUGCUCCCUGACCCUCGUGCAGGACCUACGACAGCGCAGAGGGAGAACCCGAGAGGACAGCAGAAGAAGAAGAGACCUUUUCCCCCAUCCCAUAAUAACCCUGAGUCACCAUGGAGCUUUUCGAGACCAACCCCUACUUCUUCCCAGACCAGCGCUUCUACGAAGGGGGGGACAACUACUUCCAGGGCAGGCUGGCGGGGGGGUACGAGCAGAGCGGGGGCUACCAGGACCGGAGCUCCAUGCUGGGACUGUGCGGGGACGGACGGCUGCUGUCGGGGGGCGUGGUGGGGGGCCUGGAGGAUAAGGCGUCUCCCCCGGCCGGUCUGGGGGUCCCCCUGUCGCCCCUCCAGGACCAGCCGCACUGCCCCGGCCAGUGCCUGCCAUGGGCCUGCAAGGUGUGCAAGCGCAAGUCGGUGACGAUGGACCGGCGCAAGGCGGCGACGCUGCGGGAGAAGCGGCGGCUGAAGAAGGUGAACGAGGCGUUCGAGGCGCUCAAGCGGAGCACGCUGAUGAACCCCAACCAGCGGCUGCCCAAGGUGGAGAUCCUGCGCAGCGCCAUCCAGUACAUCGAGCGCCUGCAGGCCCUGGUCAGCUCCCUCAACCAGCAGGACCACGACCCCGCCGCACUGCACUACCGCCCGGCACAGCCGCCCAGGGUGUCGUCGUCUAGCGAUCAGGGGUCGGGUAGCACCUGCUGCAGCAGCCCAGAGUGGAGCAGCGCCUCGGAACACUGCGCCCCCGCCUACGGAACCGGCCACGACGACCUGCUGCAUGAGGACUCUUCGGAGCAGACCAACCUGCGCUCCUUGACCUCUAUCGUGGACAGCAUCACGGACACCGACACGGCUCCCCUCUCCUACCCGCUGGACAUUCCCAAAUAAACCACAUGGCAUGACAGGGGGCGGGGGUGACCCCCCCCUCCCCAAAAACACCCAUCCACCCAAAACAGCAGUACUACCUAGCACCAUGAGAGGGAGCCAAUGUCAAACCUUCAGUCACCAGCCAGACAGCCGUUUGGCUGUUUUUAUUUCCAAGUAAACCCUGUGGUCCACAAGUUUUCCAAAGCAUUGAUCUUUUCCCUUGGGGAGCGCAGGGAAGAGAAGUAGCACGAGAUGGGCUUUUCCUUCCCCACUUAAUGCAGAUCCGUGUUUUCCUUUGAAAAAAACAUUGUUUUUGUGUUUUCUCCAUUUUAUGUGUGUGUGUGUGUGUGUGUGUGUGUUGCUUACCAAAGAGGGGUAAAUUGUGCGGGGCCAAUAUUUUAUUUAGCAGUUCUGACCAAUUUCUGUCUAACUGGACACUACUCCUGUACUCUAGUGAUGUAAAUACGUUCCUUUUUCUACAGAGUGGUUUUGCCAUUUUAUUUUUUAUUUGUUUGUUUUUUGCUAAGUUAUUUGGACUUUUAUAAUAAAGAUUGUUGUGUAUUUCUGUA